AUGAGAGUUUUAGAAGGCGAAUAUGAUUGCGUUGAAGGCACAGGGCAAGAGCAGCGCCUCCUGGGGCCCUCCGCCUCUGGCGCUCUCGGGGAAUAUACGGACAUCACUUGGGACACCCUCAGUGCCAUGGGUGCCACUCCCUCUGCUGCUGCGCUGUCUACCAGCGGGGGAUAUGCUGCUUAUUACGAACAACAAAUGCAAAUCGCCAAGACUUUUUUCAUACACGUAGACGCAGCAGACCCAGAUGUCCAGACUGCCCUGUCGAGUAACAGCAAAGUCUUUGCCAGCACAGAAGUCGCUAGCUACCUGACCAUCUCCACAAACAACUACAUCACCAACGCGUGGUUUACUUCCACGGGCUCUGCUGCACUGCUGAUUACUCCCCAAGUGACGCAGCUGUCAACGACUUUAAUCAACGCAGGCAAAAGCGACACAGGAGUCUGGACAGACACCAACGGAUCAUCUAUCACCCAGGGAGUAGAUUUCAUGUGCGGGGGCCUCGACACCUUCGUGUACACUGUUGGCCUGACAGCAAGAAACGCAAGCUUCACUCCUCAAGUCUACUGCAGCAACAGCAAAUCGAAAGGCUGCGCAGGCAUUAAAGAACUUAAUGAGGAGCUGAACCUUGAGAGGCCUCCCUCGGUAAUGAUGGCAGGGAUUUCGUGCCACCCCAAAGGCACAGCUUUCGCACUCGUGUUUACCGACGGGACGGUUUUGGCGAUGGGCGAGGCCACGCAAGGUGGGGAAAUGACAACUGAAGUCAAGAAUGGCCUCGGGCGGUUUGAUGCCGCGCGGAGCCAACGGGUGAAGUCCAUCGUCGCCUCUACGGGGGCAUUUGCUGUUCUGCUGCAAAACGGAAUAGUCUAUGCUUGGGGAGACACGACUGUCGAACAAUUAAAAGGACUCACCGUGGCAGCUGAUGUAGGGUUUGCUGCCAUGACAGGAGCUGGGAGAGUAUACACUUGGGGCAAGGGUGUAGUCCUUCCGACUCGGCUGAGUACUGGCGAGUUUCAGGGUUUGGGCUCUGCAGGGGAACUGGCCGUGUGGGGCACCAGCACCAGCUCUUCCCCGUUUUGCAACGAGGGUUUUGCUGCUUCUGAAUCUGCUUCUUUCCAGUCUGUUAAGGAGAAGCUUUCAUCGGGAGUCAAGAUGGUCCGUUUCAACGAAAAAGCAGCAGCAGCAGCUCGCCAAAAGGGCAGCAGCGAAGCCUCUGCAGGAAGUUGGGAAUUAAUUGCUUGGGGGGAUUUGGAAGCUGGAGGUUCUGUGCCCAGCAACGUGCACUCCACUGCGAAAAACGGUGUCAAAAAGUUGGAGAGCCGCUUCCCAACACGGACUCGAGGGUUUGUGGAGGCUGAAACGAGGGUUUAG